AUGUUUGGGAAUAGAAGGAGAAGAGCGACAUCGAAUCCGCCAUCAAACCCUAAUGUCAGCGCAUCUGCCACGACCGCCGCGGCACAGGCAUUUCUAUCCCAUCGAGCAUCGAAUACGUCCUUGUCUUCAGCUGCAGCUGCUGCCGCAUUGCGGUCCAGACCAACAACACCUACAUCCGUGGCAGACAUUCAGACCAAAAGAACAAUUCGGAGAAACGGUUCGACCUCUUCUGCUGGAAGUUCUAUUGGUGGUUCCGUACGUGGUCCACCAGGAUAUGUCUUUGUGCGAAGAGGAAGUUCCGGUUCUAUGACCGAACGUACUUUUCGAGAUCCAUCACCAUCCAGGUCCUCGCCAGUUCCCAGUGCAUACGAUGCGCCACCUGUACCAUCAAUUCCAAAGAACAUAGAUACAACCGGUGGCAAAUCUUCAAGGCGAUCUGCAAGUAUGGAUGCACCCGGACUAAGAAUCGCAUCACCAUCCCCAACCAAACGUGGUGGGAGGGGUUCAAGUCUAGGGCCGUCGGCGACACCGUCGCGGGGGGUGGGUCCAAGGAACCCAAGCUUAUCCAGUGUAUCUGAGAUGAAUGACGAGAGUAGAGGGUCCGUCAAUUUUUCCUACCCUACGAGUACAAGGCCAAUGUCUCCUGAAGGACAAAGACGGCUAACAUGUCCCCAAAUUUCAAGUGCAACCCCCAGAAUCGUUUCGCCAAAUAACCAGAAUCUAGUGUAUGACCCUAACACAAGGCGCUUCUUGCCGCUAGUGGAUAUACUAGCUAUCGAGCAAAGGCUUAGUGGAAUUGCUAAUGCACCAGUAAAGAAGAAGAAACGAACCCCGACAGCACAAGGUACUCAUCUGGCGUCUGGAACUGUGGGCGGGAGAAUAAAGGGAACGGCAGUGGAUGCCAUGGAAAAGGAAUCGAAUACAUUAACGGUACAACAAUUCAUAUCGCAACCUACCCAACAUUGGAUAUCACAAUCUUCCACUAUACCCAAAUUGCCCCCCAUAUCAGCUGAAAACUCUUGGGUAAAUCCCGAGGCCGUAUCUGAUUUAGAAUCUUAUACCCAGCAACCAUCCCCCUCUGCACUGACAGCUCUACCGAAGAAGAAAAAGAAGCGGGCCAUUGUCACCGAUUCUGAUAGCGACCAGGCGUCGAUUUUACCAAACUCUUCUGCUGACGAAAGUGAUGUACCAUCUCAACCAUAUGUAUACAAAACUCGAGCAGGCACGUUGCUAGCGAAAAAGCCAUCGGUUGUUCGUGAAGACAGAGAAAGGGAGGAGGAGGAAGAUGAAUCUCCACUACGUCCCAACCAAGGAGGGCUCUCGGUGAAUUCCACUGAACCUAUAAGAACCGUCUCCCCAUCUCCGCUACCCUGGUCAACCGCUGGUAGGGGUCAUGGUCGAGAACAGUCAUCAACAAAUUACGCACAAGAACGACAACAUACGAGAUCUGCAAGCCAACCUGCUCCAAUGAUCUCUGCGCCCACCCCUUCGACAAACGAAGACUCGCUAUCUUCUCGUGGUGGUCGCGUGCAAUCUGUUAGUCCUGCAAGAACUCCACAUUUUAUGACAACCCCCGAAACUUUGAUGGUCAGACAUCAGCCACCUCCACGAUCUGUAUCUCCGCGAAAAUCUGCUUUGAAACAUUCUUCGAUAUCCUCAAGCGAGAUAAGAGGACCGUCGCCCUCCGAUGGUGGUUCUCUGCGACCCAGUGAGAUGUCUAAUGACGAGGAACAGCCAAGGAAAAAAGGAAACCGAGUUAGCUUUGAUGAGGGUAGUAAUAUAGUAUUAGGUCAAUCGACGUCAGUUGCUUCUGACUCGCCAGUCAUUCCUAGUCCGCAGACAAAGCGUGGCUGGUUCAACAUUGGUCGUGGAAAGAAAAAGGAUACACCCGCUACGGACGAAGAUGAUGAGGUGAUGAAGCCAAGACCGGCCCUUCCAUCCUUCGGAAGUGUGAGGGAGAGAAAGACACAUCGAGAGACAGAGGAACGACCUUUAGUCAGACCGCCAGAACCAAUAGAUACUGCCGCCUGUGACCCCUCUCCUGUAUCACCACUGUUCGCAUCUCAUAUGGGAGGUGUAUUGGAAUCUCCUAUGGGGCAGUCAAAUGAUCAUAUUGCUGGUGCAUUACUUGCUCAAGAUGCGGGUUCAAAGAAUACAGCAAAUAUUUCGAAAUCUCGCGAGCCACUACCCACUGAUGUAACUGCUAUGGAAGAAAAAGGAGAGCUCUCAGAUGCCAGCAGCACGUACAGCUUGGAGAACAAUAAUAUUGGUAUCGCUAGAAGUAACAGUUUUAAAGUUGGACCUGAAGACGGGCAUGUCGAUACGUAUCGAGAUUUGGCAAGUCCGACGAGAGACCAGUUUGAGGAUAACCAAGCAAACGAAGGGAUCCCAGAAAUUUCUGUUCAGCUUCCUAGUCCAGAACCUGAAGGCACGAAAUCAAAAGAAUGGCUCGAUAUGCCCGGUGGUUUUCGAAAUUCAGAGAGUUCCAGUUCAAGUUCUGGAGAUCAAACAAAAGACGAGGUUUAUCAUACUGCCAUUGAGAAUGGUGUGAUUGGUUCCACUGCUACGAAAACAGCAGAGUCAACGUCUAGUCCCUCUAAUAUUUCGGGAUUUGAGGAUGCCACACAACAGAGCUCGGAAUAUCAUCCCGCACCAAUCUUUGAAGAGACGGAAGAGGACUCUGAAAAUGACAGCAUUUAUAGUGAUGCUGCUGAAGAAUUCGAGGAAGUAGACGACGGCGGUUUUUUGUCUUUAGAUGCUGUGGUGGAAAGUCCUGUCACCAAACAUGCCAUUCUAGCAUCUGAUGCACAUAUGCCGGAUAGCCCGACAUCCAGAUCGACGAAAGAAAGGGCCUACAUGUCAAGCCUGUUGCAAAGGAAAUCAAGUGAGCCCGAUCCCGAAGAAGGUUGGGAGAAAGCUCAACAAUAUUGGAAGAAUUUGUCAGUGGAUAGAAAAAGGCAACUGGAGUUAGAGGCACAAAAGGAUGCAGAUGCCGAGGCAGAAUUAGAAGAGGCAGCAAAGCUAGCUCCAAAGCCAAAGAAGACAAAUAAAAAGUCGGUAACACCAGAAUCGCCUACUUCUCCCAUCAUGCAAACAAUGCAAGCAUCUUCAUUUCCCCCGAUUCAAAAACAACCCAGUCCCGAGAGAAGCUACAUGGUUCAGCCAGGAUCAAAAGCAGGCCCCAAUGGUCAUGCUCUAACUGCUAUGCGCUCAUCUAUGCGCGCGGAGCCUCCUCACGCAGAAUCAGAUGUUCAAUUGAGGAAAUCAAUGAGAGGAGCGACGCAAAAUGGUGCGGCUCAACCUAACGGAACACUUCAAAAGAAGCAGAGGCCUGCAUCUCUUCCUCCUGGUGAGGUGCGAGCAAAUCCUCAAACUGUGAAUCAGCAUCUUCGACUUAUUCAAGGUGCUGCCGUUACUGCUGCCUCACCUCCUGUAUCUCAAAGGAAUAGUGCAAUGGUGGCUCCAGUUCCUCUUCGACGUAAAUCAUCUGGCGAUAGUGAUACUAGUUUCAAACGUGCUAGACCUGCAACAGAUGGAAUAAGCAUGAGGCGCUCCAUGCGCUCUGGUGGUGAAGCAUCAGCCAAUGGCCGCCAACAGUCUCCCCUUAGCUCAAGCCGGUUUAGUCUUCGAUCAGCAUCGCCUGGUGGACCCCCCUCUGUCAGCAUGCGUGGGACAAUGCGAAAUUCAAUGAGGAGCUCCGACGACUCGGCUGCUCGAGCGAAAUCUCCCAUUAGGAUACCUGGAUUUGGCAGAAGUUCUUCGGCUAAACCAGCUCAAAAACGGAAGUCAAUGCAAUCUCGUGGAAGCCGAUUUGCCGAUUCCAGUGAUGAAGAUGAGCCUCGUUCCGGAUUUAGAAGCCGUUUUGUGGAUUCGAGUGAUGAAGAUGAACCCACAUCUAAAGCCACCCGACCGGUAUCAUCACGCGGUGCACCUGUUCGAAGUAUACCUCAGCCCGCCGGCUAUCAUGAUGGAGAUUCAUCGGAUCUUCCAGAUAGUGAUGAUAAUCGGCCAGCUACAGCUAAGAGCCCCAAGUCACAGCAAAAUGGCAACAGACCAUCGUCUCGAAGCACAGCUCUAGCAUCCGGAAAUCUUCAACGUUCUGGUUCAGGUCGCGAGAUGAUCAAGGUGGCCAAUGGCCAAGGCACGAUCGCGUCUACCCCCGACCGACCAACGCAUGCCAGACGUGGGAGCAUCUUGUCUAUCUUCCGCAAAAAGCCAGAUGUUAAUAGUAAGGUUCGAAAAUAUAAUGGGGAAAGUCCCGCACGAAGAGAUACUCCCUUGGAACGUAGUAGAUCUGAUCUCGAAGCUAUCAAACGACAAGACUCAUUCGGUAGACCCUCAACACCCAAGUUACAGAAGAGAAACCCUCACGCCGCCGGACAAAAUAGUGGUUCUUGGCCUCUUCCUAAUGAUACCGAUGAUAUUGGAAUCAAGAUACCUUUUGAGGAAGGUAGACCUUUCUCUGCAGAUGCAGCUGGUGGUAUAGUGGGUGGCGAACAUGCAGAUGUCGGAUCUGAUCUUCGACCAGAUGUUGAAAAUAGGAGAUUUACCGCCACGGGGUUAAAUGAUGUAGAUGUGAUGGCUCAAACCAGUGCGAGAAAAAAGAAAAAGUUCCAAGCGUUGAGGAAGAUGUUUAGGUUGGAUGAUUAG